AUAUCGGGAUCACAGUCAUUGGGUGCGAUGCUGCCUCUGGGUGCUCUGCAACCGACAGCCGCCCGACCGACUGCCGCAGGGGCUUUCUGAACCCGAGCCGAGUGCUGCCUACACACACAAGCUACCAGCUCUCAUACUCGGCAAAAAUGCUCUGCUAUCACGUACUGACCUAACAGUAUAAUACGAUGUUUUCAAUGGACGCCGUUUCGCACGACAUUUUUUAAGUCGCAGUUUUCGAACAUGGAAAUGACCUCUUCUUCUCGGAUUAUUUUUGGGGUACAACUGAUCUCUUCAUCACACAUCGACUGGAGCAGAGUCAGACACUCCAUUUGCUAGCGCAUGCGAACAUCUCGUCUUUGGCAGUUAGCUUGGUAACGUUAGUCGACGUGUCUAGCUUCCUGGAUGUUUAGUGUCCAUAAUACUGGAUUUAGUUUUCAGUUGCCCUUGGCAUCGAGCUAGUUUUAGAUUGGGUAUGGUUUUAAACACCAUUAUCUAGCUAAAGCUGGCUAGCUGCGUGUUAUAACAAGCAAGGGAGAUUUUGUUCGUCAAAGCACAUCUGACUGGUUCGAGAUCAGCAGGGGGUUCGUUGGAAUACGGAAUGCGACUCGCUAAAUAAUCAAGCCUCGGCUACACAGGAGAAACCACAUACAUUUCUCCGUUUUCAUUCAAAAGGGAGCAUGUUUGAGUGACAAGCGAAGGAGGAAGUGGGAUCUCUGAAGCUCCUCCCCCUGCUGGUGGAGCCCCUGUACAUCUGGACCAGAGACCCCUUUACUCAGCAGGACAGGAUGCGGAGGUUUGCCUACUGUAAGGUGGUUCUGGCCACCUCCCUGGUGUGGGUGAUGUUGGACAUGUUCAUCCUGCUCUACUUCAGCGAGUGUAACAAGUGUGAUGACAAGAGGGAGAGGGGCCUGCCAGGCAGGGACGAUACAGUAUUGCGUCCCAGGGAGGGUCCAGGAGAAGGAGGUAAACCUGUGGUGAUUUCUAAAGAGAACCAGGAGAAGAUGAAGGAGAUGUUUAAGAUCAACCAGUUUAACCUGAUGGCCUCGGAGAUGAUCGCAUUCAACAGAACCCUGCCUGAUGUCCGCCUGGAGGGCUGUAAGAAUAAGCUGUAUCCAGACGAUCUGCCUCGUACCAGUGUAGUGAUCGUGUUCCACAAUGAGGCCUGGUCCACUCUGCUGCGGACCGUCCGCUCUGUCAUCGACCGCUCCCCCAAGUCUCUGCUGGAGGAGGUGGUACUGGUCGACGAUGCUAGUGAGAGAGACUUCCUGAAGCGGCCGUUAGAGCAGUAUGUCAGGAGGAUGGAGAUUCCAGUCAGAGUGGUGAGGAUGGAACAGAGAUCUGGACUGAUCAGAGCUCGACUGAAAGGAGCCUCACUCUCCACCGGACAGGUGAUCACGUUUCUAGAUGCUCACUGUGAGUGCACCAUUGGCUGGCUGGAACCUCUACUGGCCCGCAUCAAACUAGACAGGAAAACGGUGGUGUGUCCCAUCAUCGAUGUGAUCAGUGAUGACACGUUUGAGUACAUGGCUGGUUCUGACAUGACCUACGGAGGCUUCAACUGGAAGCUGAACUUCCGCUGGUACCCUGUACCCCAGAGAGAGAUGGACCGCCGAAAGGGAGACCGCACUCUGCCCGUCCGGACUCCUACCAUGGCCGGUGGGUUGUUUUCUAUAGACAGAGAUUAUUUCCAAGAGAUAGGGACGUAUGACGCAGGUAUGGACAUUUGGGGAGGAGAGAACCUGGAGAUCUCCUUUAGGAUCUGGCAGUGCGGGGGGACGUUGGAGAUCGUGACGUGUUCUCACGUGGGUCACGUGUUCCGGAAGGCCACGCCCUACACGUUUCCAGGGGGAACGGGUCAGAUCAUCAAUAAGAACAACAGACGCCUGGCCGAGGUCUGGAUGGACCAGUUCAAAAACUUCUUCUACAUCAUCUCCCCUGGUGUGACGAAGGUGGACUAUGGUGACAUCACGUCUCGCUCGUCUCUGAGACAGAAGCUGCAGUGUAAACCUUUCAGCUGGUACCUGGAGAACGUCUAUCCUGACUCCCAGAUACCACGACACUACUACUCACUGGGAGAGAUCCGUAACGUGGAGACUAACCAGUGUCUGGACAACAUGGCCCGGAAGGAGAACGAGAAAGUUGGCAUCUUCAACUGCCAUGGCAUGGGAGGAAACCAGGUGUUCAGCUACACGGCCAAUAAAGAGAUAAGGACAGAUGACCUGUGUCUAGACGUGUCCAAACUCAACGGUCCUGUCAUGAUGCUCAAGUGUCAUCACCUCAAAGGAAACCAGCUCUGGGAUUAUGACCCCAUGAAGUUGACCCUGAUCCACGUCAAUAGUAACCAGUGUCUGGACAAGGCCAGUGAGGAGGACAGCCAGGUGCCCAGCGUCAGAGACUGUACACACACUCGCUCUCAACAGUGGCUGCUGCGCAAUGUCACGCUGCCUGAGAUCUUCUGACCGCCGCCUACCCACACACGCACACACACACACACACACACACACACACACACACACUGACGGAGAGAGAGAGAGUGAGAGGAGGGAAGAGGAGGAGGGCAGAAGGGACAGUCCACGCUGAAUGGGAUGAAGCAGGGCCCUUCUAUGGUGUCUGGGAGAGGGAACAUGUUUGGACUCAAUGGAGGAGAGACUCAUACUUUUAUGAAGAGAGACUGGUGAUGUUUUAAAGAGAGAGACCUGCUCCUGGAGAGACAUAUUGUUAAAGAGAGAGAGAGAGACCUGCUCCUGGAGAGACAUGUUGUUAAAGAAAGACUCACAGAGAGAACUUCCAUGGACAAGGCGGUCUCCCCAAAGCUGCAAAUUCAUCACUUAUGUUUACCUGUGUGUGUGUGUGUGUAUGUAUGUGUGUGUGUGCGUGUGUGUGUGUGUGUGUGUGUGUGUGUGUGUGUGUGUGUGUGUGUGUGUGUGUGUGUGUGUGUGUGUGGGUAUGUGUGGGUAUGUGUGGGUAUGUGUGGGUAUGUGUGUGUGUGCGCAAAUGCGUUCUCAAGUAAAGGUGGCUCCUUAGUGAAAACAUUUUUUUCAUUGAGUUUUGAAAUGAACUCUGUUGAACUCA